AUGCCUCCAGUUGAUCUCCCAAAGGUGGAAAUUGCCACUGACGGCGACCUCAUCAUAACUGUCAACAGUCAAAUUGAGUUGCUGGUGCAAUCACAAUUCCUCACGACGCUCUCGCCUGCCUUCCGAGCUAUGCUUGGAUCAGAAUGGCUUCGAGGACAGUCACUCCUCUUCAUUAGCGCCGCAAUACCAGGGAGACUAAACCUUCCAGACGAUGAAGCUGAGGCCAUGAAACUGCUUUUCCUUGUUUUGCACAAUCAGAACGAUCGACUGCCUUUUCUUCCUACGCCGAAGAACUUUCUCGACCUUGCGAAAGCUGCCCAGAAGUACGAAUGUAUCCCGGCCACCAGGACCGCGCUUACCUUGUGCUGCACGCGAGUACCCAGGACUGGCACCGAAUACGAGCACCUUGCGGCCACAUACAUCUUAGAUGAGCCACUUCGCUUCGAACUAUUCUCCAGGAACAUUGUUCUCCGCCGGGAUAGCAUCUAUAUUCGGCAGAUGUGCAAGAAAGUGAUUGACUCAGGCGACGAAUUUGGUCUUGGUGCCAUCCUUCUUUCGCGCCAUCAAGUGGCUCACAAGCUCAUUGCGGGUGGAAUCUCCUACAUGGUCGAGGAGAUGGUCAAGCUGACAGGCAGCCACCAUGACUACCCAAUUGUCGAUAACUUCCAACUUGCCGACCAAGAUCCCCCACCGGGACCCUGCCGCUACUACCAAGAUGCCGUCAGCUAUCACUUGAGACUCCUCACAGAUAUUCGACUGUGGCCAGAAGGCUGUCGCACAGAGAGUCUCACCACAGUUCGCCGUCGGCUCAAAGUGCGGAAAGCAGCACCAAACCCACUGCCAGGCUAUCACGGAGGACGUUUGUGCUGUGAAGUGCAUCAUGACAACUGGUUCGAGCGCCACUACGAGCCAGGCAUGAAAGCUCUGCAUAAGAUGGGGCAGGAUUUGAAUAUCAAGAUGUGUUUGGACUGCUUGAAGUCGCCUAGCGGUCUGUACAACGGAUGGUGUAGAAUUGGAUUGAAUCAUAGGCGCAAGAUCAUUCCGGAUCCGCCUGCGAGUGCGACUUCGGAGAUCAGAGACUACCUGGCGCAGAUGAGGCAGGAAUUGGGAGAUAUUUAG